AACCUUCAUCUACAACAUCAAACCCCAACUUUAGUGCGUGAUUUAACAGGCAGGCUUUUCAUCAUGUCUUAUCGUGGGAGCGGUGGGGGAAUUACUGGAACAAAUAAUGUUCCUCUUGGAAACCGCAGAAGAUUUGGAGGCGAAGGAAGUACCGGAAGCAAUGACUCACCAUCACCAGCACCUGGAGGUCCAUCCUCGCGGGAUGAACAAGGGGGAAAUGGCCUCACUGACCUCAAGCGUGGGCGAUCACCUAUUCGUUGUAAGUUUUUCUCCCUCUGUUCUCCGAUUCUCGCGGGUUUCUUUGUGGGCACGAUUCUAAACCCCGUGACCGUGUAGCCGAUCCGGAUGGACCAAAGAAGAGAAAGAAGAAGAAUCGCUGGGGCGAUCAGACAGACAAUAAAGCAGCUGGCUUGAUGGGUCUUCCGACCGCUAUUUUUGCUACAAUGACAAGUGAGCAGCUGGAAGCAUACGCCCUUCAUCUACGUAUUGAGGAGAUCUCCCAGAAGCUCAGGAUUAACGAUGUUGUCCCGGCCGACGGCGACCGGUAAGUGAUCCCUAUUGUCCUAUCGCUCUUAGAAGGUUUUAACCGGGCAUUAGUUCGCCAUCUCCACCUCCACAAUAUGACAACUUUGGUCGCCGUGUCAAUACCCGGGAAUACCGUUAUCGCAAGCGCCUUGAAGAUGAGCGUCAUAAACUAAUCGAUAAGGCAAUGAAAGCCAUUCCCAACUAUCACCCCCCGAGUGAUUAUAGGAGACCCACAAAGACACAGGAGAAAAUCUAUGUACCAGUAAAUGAUUAUCCAGAGAUUAACUUUAGUAUACUAACUCCCCUCCUAACAUUUCUGCUAUCCCAUAACCAUUCCUCAAAUGAGCUUGGUGACCUUUUAACCACAAAGUCAUCGCCAGCUUCAUUGCCUACUCAUAUGAAAAACAUACUUUGACAGUCCUCACGCACGCAUAACUUGACAGGGAAUUAUCUCGCUAACCUCUAGGAAUUUCUUCUGUUACUAAUAGUUGGACUCUUGAUUGGACCUCGUGGCAACACCCUCAAAAAAAUGGAGACUGAAUCUGGUGCCAAGAUCGCCAUUCGUGGGAAAGGAUCUGUAAAGGAAGGGAAGGGUCGUUCCGAUGCUGCCCACACCUCUAACCAAGAAGAAGAUCUCCACUGCCUUAUCAUGGCAGACACUGAAGAGAAGGUGAACAAAGCCAAGAAGCUUAUCAAUACUAUCAUUGAAACUGUAUGUUAUCCCCUGGUUUUCUAUUUGUUGUGUUUCUGCGUCAUAAACCCCUAACAUUCUUCGCUUCAGGCUGCGUCGAUUCCCGAGGGCCAGAAUGAGCUCAAGCGUAACCAGCUUCGUGAGCUCGCUGCUCUCAACGGGACUCUUCGUGAUGAUGAGAAUCAAGCCUGUCAAAACUGUGAGUUAAUACCUCUUCUAAUAUUCACAGCUUGGCGGUCUGAAACUUUUGAUAGGCGGUCAAAUUGGUCAUCGCAAGUACGAUUGCCCUGAGCAGCGUAACUUUACCGCCAAUAUUAUCUGCAGGGUUUGCGGCAACGCAGGGCAUAUGGCUAGGGACUGUCCUGAUCGCCAGAGAGGCCAGGACUGGCGCAACAACGACAGAGGCGGCCGUGGUGGUGCUGCUGGCGGCUUUGGUAGACCCGGCGCUGCUGGUCUAGGACAAGGAGAUGCUGUGGACAGAGAAUAUGAGGUGAGUAGUUAUUCACGAGACCUGUCGGGCUAAUCGUACUAAAAUUGUUUUUAGCAACUUAUGCAAGAGCUUUCCGGUGGCGCUGCCCCUGCUAUUGGCGGUGCUGCUCAGCAAGGCCGUAUCGAAGCUGGUCCAGGUGGUCAGGACGGUGGCUAUGGUGGCCGUGAAAGUUAUGGAGGAGGGGCAUAUGGUCGUGACAACCAAAAUGACCAGGAACUUGGUCCCGACGGUCGUGCCCUGAAGCCGUGGCAGCGCGGGCCUACUGGGGGACCUGCCCCAUGGCAGAUGAGUGGACGUGGACGCGGUGGAGCUCCAGGAGACAGCCAUACCCCUCCCACAAAUGCCCCAACAGGGCCAAGUGGUGCACCUUGGCAAUCUCAAUCCCAUGGACCGCCCACUGGACCAGCAUCCUCUGCCCCUCCUCCAUGGGGUGGGACGCACGGUAUCCCGCCACCUCCACCUCCCUCGAGCGCUGCCCCGCCUCCAUGGGCUUCUGGCGCUCCUGGGGCUGCUCCGGGUAUGAGUUAUGGUUCUUCUCACUAUGGCGCUCCUGUAAGUUAUUCCCAUCCUACGCAAUAGACCCAUGCAAACACUCACGUUUCAUUAGCCCGGAGGCUAUGGUGCCCCUCCACCACCCCCUGCUUCAUUCGGCAUUCCACCACCCCCACCACCUCCUGGAAACCCGCCUCCACCACCGCCAUCUUCCUUAGCCCCGCCACCCCCACCGCCUCCACCCCCACCAUCUUCCAACGAGCCUCCCCCUCCCCCUCCCCCUUCACACUAUCGUUAA